AUGGUCCUUAUAUGGAUUUGGUUGCGCUCAAGGGGAGACUUGUCUAAAGUGGUGUGUUUAGUGCGGAGCGGAGAUUUAGCCAUGGUGUUUGUCAGUGGUAGCUGUGUUCAGGACGGAAAGGGUGAAGUUUGGGUAGGUGUGCGUCCUGCUUUGCCAGUGGAUGGUGUCUCUAUGAUCCUGGGAAAUGACAUUGCAGGUAGUAGAGUUUGGGCUGAUGUUCCUCCUCCUGCCCAGAUGCAAGGGGACUGGGAGGAAGCACUGCCCUGGAUGCUGUUGUCUGCUCGUGAGGUGGUCCAGGAGAGUACAGACUUUAGCCCAAAUGACCUUGUUUUUGGUCAUAAGGUUCGGGGCCCCCUAGCACUGUUGAAGGACGGCUGGACAGAGUCAGAUCCGCCAAGAAGUCUUGAGACUUUAACACAGUCUGUGUUUAACCGUCUGUCAUCAUUCAGUCAGUAUGGAGCUCAGUCAACUUCCUCUUGUGUUCUAGGAGAAACAGUCACUCUCAGAUGUGACAUAUAUGAUGAAGGAGUCACUAGCUGGAGAUACUUCUGGUAUAAAGAAGGUUUAGGCAGAGUUUUCAGUGAUGGACAGGAACUCACAAUCAGUUCUGUUACUGAGUCUGACUCAGGUGAAUACUCCUGUGAUGGAUUUAAAGGAUCGAAUGGGUCUCUCCGCAGUGAUGAAGUUACUCUGACAGUAUCAGAAAGACCAAAACCCAAAGUGAUCAUUAAACCUGAUCAACAUGUGUUCAGAGGAGAAACAGUCACUCUCAGAUGUGACAUAUAUGAUGAAGGAGUCACUAGAUGGAGAUACAGCUGGUAUAAAGAUAAUUCAAGAAGUGUUUUCAGUGAUGGACAGGAACACACAUUCAGUUCUGUUACUGAGUCUGACUCAGGUGAAUACUCCUGUGAAGGAUCAGAGAUCAGAGGAUCACGCCGGUCACACACGAGUGAUAAAGUUACUCUGAAAGUAUCAGGUCUUCCUAAACUGACUCUGACAGCUGAUCCUCAGAGUCCAGUGUUCACCGGAGACUCAGUUACUCUGAGAUGUGAGGGGAUUCAGUCACAGAAUGGAUGGGAGUUUCUCUGGAGAAAAGACUCAAACCCUGAAUCUACUGAAGAUCAAACUAAAACAAUCAAACCUGAGAAAGUCUCUGAUGGAGGAAAGUACAGCUGCAGAGCUCGAAGAAGAGGAAGAUGUUACACAGAUUACAGUAAAGCUGUAACAGUAACAGUAUACGGCAAACCAAAACCCAAAGUGACCAUUAAACCUGAUCAACAUGUGUUCAGAGGAGAAACAGUCACUCUCAGAUGUGACAUAUAUGAUGAAGGAGUCACUAGCUGGAGAUACAGCUGGUAUAAAGAUAAUUCAAGAAGAGUUUUCAGUGAUGGACAGGAACACACAUUCAGUUCUGUUACUGAGUCUGACUCAGGUGAAUACUCCUGUGAAGGAUCAGAGAUCAGAGGAUCACGCCGGUCACACACGAGUGAUAAAGUUACUCUGAAAGUAUCAGAUCCCAAAUCAGUUUUAAGUGUUUCUCCACAGAAGUGGUUGACUGAAGGAGAUCCAGUGACUCUGAUCUGUGAGGUUCACAACUUCUCUACAGGCUGGACGUUCAGCUGGUUCACUUUAACUGAAUCAUCAGGUAAGUUAUGAUGUGGUUAUCAUCUGCUCUCAGACAGCAGCAGAGGAGCAGGAGGAAGAUACAGGAUCAGUUCUGCUGCUGUAGAUCACACAGGAGUUUAUGUGUGCAGAGCAGAGAGAGAGAAAUCAUCUUAUAAAACACAGUACAGCAACAAACAGCUGCUGUGGGUCACCGGUGUUUCUGCUCCAGUCUCUCUGAGGGUCAGUCCCAGCAGAACUCAACACUUCAGAUCUGACUCUCUCUCUCUGAGCUGUGAAGACCAGAGUAACUCUACUGUAUGGAGAGUGAGAACAUACACAGACCUCUGGGGACUGAAAGAUUGUUCAUCAAUACCUCGAGGAUCACACACAGGAUCUACAUGUACAAUCAGUUACGUCUAUACAUCACUCACUGGAGUGUACUGGUGUGAGUCUGAAUCUGGAGAGAAGCAUCAUCCUGUUAAUAUCACUGUACACUCUGAAGUGAUUCUGGAGAGUCCUGUUCAUCCUGUGACUGAAGGAGAUAGUCUGACUCUACACUGUUUAUAUCGAUACACUCCAUCAAACCUCAGAGCUGAUUUCUAUAAAGAUGGAUCACUCAUCCAGAAUCAAACUACAGAGAUGAUCAUCUCUCCUGUCUCAAAGUCACACGAGGGUUUCUACUCCUGCAAACACCCAGAGAGAGGAGAGUCACCCAAGAGCUGGAUCUCAGUCAGACCUUCUACAGGCUCAGUAUCUGAGGAUCUCAAACCCAUGAUAAUUGGAGUAACAGCAGGACUGACUGCAGUCUUCAUCGUUGUCUUCUUGGUUCUGCUCUGGAGCUACAGAAACAACAAAGGUCUUUUUAAUUUUACAUCAUACAUUUGCAGACGCUGA